AUGUCUACGCUUACAAAAGAAGAUGUAUCUAUAAGUAACAUACUUGGAUUUGCCAGCGAUAAUCACUCAACAUUGAUGGGUAACAAGAGCGGAUUUCAAAAGUUAUUGAGAAUCGAUAUUCCGAUUGUAUUUACAAUAGGCUGUGUUUGCCAUUCGUUUGCACUUUGUUCAAGUCAUGCAGUGAGGGUGUUACCUUCGUAUCUCGAGUCCUUUUUAAAGGACUUAACUUACUUUUCUCGAAGUAGCAAACGUCAAAGUGACUUCUAUAUGAUACAAAGUGUUGUUGGCACAAAAGAAAACAAUAUUCCAAAGCUUUCGCAAACUAGAUGGUUGUCACAUAAAAAUGUAAUUAACGUUAUAAUAGAACGGUGGGAUGCCCUUGUACUUUAUUUUGAAUCUGAGGCUAAAGUAGAAAAAGUGGACGGAGCAAAAUGGAUCUAUGAAACAAUGAUUAACAAAGGGACGAAGCACAUGCUGCUCUUCUUACAUUAUAUAUUAAAGAAAGUAACCACUAUUAAUGUUGAGUUUCAUUCGGAACACUUUCGACUGCAUCUGUUGCAUACACUCCAAUCCAAUGAAUAUAAAAAUAUCCUUAGUUGCUUUAUAAAAGAGUAUGUUUUAGCUGUAUCUAAAGUAUCAGAUAUUGAUCUGAAUAACACAACAAAUCACAAAGAUAUGAGUGAUAUUUACCUCGGUGAACGCGCAAUGAGAUAUCUAGAACAAAACCCCAUCGUUGGUGAAUCAGCUAAAUUCAAAACCGAAUGUAAACAUUUUUUAUAUAGAAUUAUGCUCUCAAAUAAAAAUGGGAUUUCCUCUCGAUGA